AAAGAAAGAGAAACCUUCAUGUCAUAGUAAUUAUGGACAGAAUUUGCAAUCUUCUCUUUGCUCUUGCAGUUUUCAUUCUGCUCCAUCACAAUACUUCACUUGCUAAUAUUAACACCGAUGAAGCCGCUCUUCUUGUACUGAAAUCUCACAUUUCUACUCAUCCUAACAACAUCUUAGCAAGCAAUUGGUCUUCUUCCAGCCCGGUUUGCAGCUGGAUCGGAAUCACUUGCAGCUCCCGUCACUACUUUAGACAUUUCUAGCAUGCAACUUCAUGGUACCAUUCCUCCACACCUUGGAAACCUUUCGUUUCUCAUCUCCCUCGACAUCACUAACAACAAUUUCCACGGGGAUUUGCCAGAAGAGCUGGCUCAUUUACACAGGUUGAAAUCGAUUAACGUCACAAGCAAUAACUUCAUCAGAGCUUUUCCAUCAUUUUUAAGUUUGUUACCAAAUCCACGGUCUGUGUACCUCUGGAACAACCAAUUUUCGGGGAAAAUUCCAUCUCCCCUUUCCAAUCUAACAAAGCUACAAGUGUUGAGCUUGCAAAGAAAUUUUCUGAAAGGAGAAAUCCCUCGUGUACUCGGUGAUCUUCGUUACCUUACUAUCCUAGGCCUACAACAUAAUCAAUUUAGUGGCUCUGUUCCACCAUCAAUCUUUAACAUUACGACAAUGCAAAUCAUUGCUCUUACAAGCAACAAUCUUACUGGUAAGCUUCCAACAACUAUAUGCGAUCAUCUUCCAAACAUGAAAGGGCUUUACCUCUCACUCAACUCCCUAGAUGGAGUUACUCCAACAAACCUAGAGAAAUGCCGAAAUCUUCAAGCCUUGUCAUUGUCUGAAAUGAGUUUAUUGGAACUGUACCAAGAGAGUUGGCCAACUUGGAGCACUCUACUUGGAAGGAGAGAUACCAGUGGAGCAUUUUCCCAGAAACUACAGGUGUUGGGAUAAUCACAGAAUGAGUUUAUUGGUUCUGUCCCUGCAAGCAUUUAUGAUCAUUUCUGACCGUCAUUGCAGAGUACGGACAACAUGGAAUAGUAUCCACGAGCUAUGAUGUUUAUAGUUUUGGCAUCUUGAUAAUGGAGACGUUUACAAGAAGGAGACCGAGUGAUGAAAUAUUUACCGGAGACCUGAGCAUACAACGUUGGGUUAGUGAUUCCUUCCCAAGUGGACUUCAUAAGGCUGUGGAUUUUAAUUUGGUACUGCCAGGGGAUGAACAAAUUGAUACAAAUUAGCUUUGAGCUGCAGUUUAGUGGCACCUGAUGCAAGAAUUAGCAUGGAAGAUGCUCUUUCAACACUCAAAAAGAUUAGGCUCCAGCUUGUGAGUAGUCAGCACUAGGUGGAAUUGACCCGUCUGCUCUUGUAUGUUAUUCUAAACCAUCCAUUAUGUAUAGAAUUUUAAGAUAGAGAUCGUAAUUCUCAAAUCAAUACUUUUUAUUACCUCUCAAAACAGAGAAUUUUAAAGCCUUGUA